CUAAAAUCUAAAUAAUACUGCAGGCGCAAGAAUGGUGAUCCCUUCUCUUCUUACAGUAAGCUUUAUUAUCAUCACACCCAACAACUUUCUGCAUUUCAACUCUAAAACGACGUCGCUUCUUCAUCCUAAAAAUUUCCCCAAUGUUCACACCCUAACAAUUACUUACAACACUUUCCUAAAUCCUAACUACACUUUCCUUCACUCAAACUCAUCACAACAAAACCAAUUCCAAUUUCCUCACUAUACUUCGCGUUAGGGUUUCACUCUCUCUUCUCGUGCUUCAUCCAUGGUAACUGUUAGGGUUUACUUCAAUCACUAAAUUCACUCAAUUCGCUCAAUUCACAACUCGCACGAGUUGGAUUUCUGUGUUGUCAAUUCAAUUUCGAGUUCUUUGUUCAGUGCGUGAGAAAGAGAAUGGAUCACGCAAAAUCGAACAACAUCGAUGAGAAUGUAGGAAUUCCAGACGAUUUACGUUGCAAGAGAUCAGAUGGUAAACAAUGGAGAUGUACAGCUUUAUCUAUGCCGGAUAAAACAGUUUGUGAGAAGCAUUACAUUCAAGCUAAGAAAAGAGCGGCGAAUUCGGCUAUGAGAGCUAAUCUUAAGAAAUCUAAACCUGAUUCUGAUGUUAAUUUAGAAAGUAAGAGUGAUGAUUUUGAUGCUCCACCAGUUUCUACUACUAUUAACAAUAAUAACAAUAAUCAAAAUCGUUCUUCUUCUGGGAAGAAGUUGUUUGAUAAGGUUUCUAAGAAUCAGUUUCGUUAUACUCCCGAGGGACUUAUCGGUUCAUCUGCUGGUGGUAAUACUUCAAAGCCUGGUGGUGAUGGUGAUGAUACUCCUGAUGGUGUUGAUGAUGAAGAUGCUGUUAUGUUAGAAGAGAAUUGGGUUUCCAAUGACGAGCUGGCUGUUUCUGCUGGUGAUGAUUCAGCUGGGAAAAUGACGCGGACAAGUCUUGAUGGGAAUGCUGCUACUGAAUGUUCUGAUGGAGCGUCGGAUUCUUCUCAAGAGAAUGGCGGGCAGACUUGUCAUCAAUGCAGGAAGAGUGUUAGGGAUAAAGUUACUUGGUGCCUUAAGUGUGAUAGGAGAGGAUAUUGUGAUACCUGUAUAUCAACAUGUUAUUCUGACAUUUCGUUGGAUGAAAUUCAGAAGAUAUGUCCUGCAUGCCGUGGUAUAUGCAAUUGUAAAAUUUGUUUACGUAGUGAUAAUUCAAUAAAGGUUCGGAUACGUGAGAUACCUGUAUUGGAUAAGUUACAGUAUCUUCACGUGCUGCUCUUGUCAGUGCUUCCUGUGGUAAAGCAGAUCCACCAUGAACAAUGUUUUGAAGUUGAACUUGAAAAGAAGUUGCGAGGUGCUGAAAUAGAUCUUCCGAGGACAAAAUUGAAUGCAGAUGAGCAGAUGUGCUGCAAUUUGUGUAGGAUACCUAUCACUGACUAUCAUCGACGCUGUCCAAGUUGUUCAUAUGAUUUGUGCCUUAUUUGUUGUCGAGAUCUUAGGGAAGCUACUGUACAUCAGAGUGAAGAACUUCAAACAGAGCAUGCAAAAACUACUGAGCGAAACCUAUUAAGCAAAUUUCCUAAUUGGAGAUCAAAUGAGAAUGGAAGUGUUCCAUGCCCCCCAAAGGAGUAUGGUGGUUGUGGUUAUUCAUCAUUAAAUUUAAGUCGGAUUUUCAAGAUGAAUUGGGUAGCAAAAUUGGGAAAAAAUGUAGAGGAAAUGGUUAGUGGAUGCAGAAUGAGUGAUGUUGAUGGUCCACCAGAAACCGGAUUGAAUGCUCUCAGACUUUGCCAAUAUUCUCAAAGAGAGGCUAGCAAUGAUAAUUAUCUUUAUUGCCCAACAUCUGAAGAUCUCAAAACUGAUGGGAUUGGCAUGUUUAGAAUGCACUGGAAAACUGGUGAGCCCAUUAUUGUUAAGCAAGUAUUUGAUAGGUCAUCCAUGUCAAGCUGGGACCCAUUGGUCAUAUGGAGAGGGGUUCUAGAGACAACAGACGCAAAUAUGAAAGAUGAUAACAAAAUGGUUAAGGCCAUAGAUUGCUCAGAUGGAUCUGAGAUUGAUAUCGAGCUUGGUCAGUUCAUGAAAGGAUAUUCUGAGGGGCGUAUUCUUGAAAACGGUUGGCCACAAAUAUUGAAACUCAAGGAUUGGCCUUCACCUAGUGCAUCUGAAGAAUUUCUUUUGUAUCAAAGACCCGACUUUAUCAGCAAACUGCCUUUACUUCAGUAUAUUCACUCCAAGUGGGGCCUUCUUAAUGUUGCAGCUAAGUUGCCUCAUUACUCAUUGCAGAAUGAUGUAGGACCCAAGAUCUAUAUAUCCUAUGGGAUUAGUGAUGAACUUGGCAGAGGUGAUUCUGUGACAAAACUCCACUUCAAUAUGCGUGACAUGGUGUACCUUUUAGUCCAUACAAGUGAAGUGAAGCUAAAGGACUCGCAGAGAACUAAAGUUGAAAUGGAGAAAACUUAUAAGGAAUCUGAGGUGAAAGAAUCUCAUGAGGAUCCAAAUAUAUGUUCAAGAGGGAUUUCACCCGAUUCAUCUCUAUGUACAAAAAUUAAUGGACUGGAUUUGGAAUCAGACCAGAAGGAUUCAACUAUGGAUCAAGGGUUUGAAGUUUAUUCUAGUGCUGGAGAGAAUAUGGUCAAUUGUGAAAUUCCAUCAAGACAAAAUGGGGACGUCUCUGAGAUAACACAUCCUGGAGUUCUUUGGGAUGUUUUUCGUCGGCAGGAUGUUCCAAAGGUUACUGAAUAUUUGAAAAUGCAUUGGAAGGAAUUUGGGAAGCCAGAUGAUAUAGUUACAUGGCCUCUCUAUGAUGGAGCUAUUUAUCUUGACAGACACCAUAAAAGAAAGUUGAAGGAAGAAUUUGGAGUGGAGCCUUGGUCAUUUGAACAGAAUUUGGGGGAAGCUAUAUUUGUUCCUGCUGGUUGCCCUUUUCAAGCAAGAAAUGUUCAGUCCACCGUUCAGUUGGGUCUUGAUUUCUUAUCUCCUGAAAGCCUGGGGGAGGCUGUAAGGUUGGCAGAGGAAGUUCGCCGUUUACCUAAUGAACAUGAAGCAAAGCUUCAAGUUUUGGAGGUUGGGAAAAUAUCUCUUUAUGCAGCAAGUUCAGCAAUCAAAGAAGUUCAGAAACUUGUACUUGACCCAAAACUCGGCGGAGAGAUUGGAUAUGGAGACCCUAAUUUGACUGCAAUGGUUUCUGAGAACUACGAGAAGAUGUCUAAGCAGAGGCAGAUCACUUGUGCUUGAACAUCCACAUUUAGCACGGUUUAGUAACAGUAAUGCGGUUAUGUACAGUAAUUGUAUUUGAGCAGUAUUUUACAGGUUUAUAUGUUUCGGUGUAGUAGAUCAAAAUACGUAGAUCAUUGUUGAAUGUGUAUAAUAGUUAUCGACAAUAGAGAUAGAAAGUCAUGCUGUAACAGGAGAUUUCAGAUAUGUAUUUUAUUUGAAAAAGUGGAAUACAAACAUGUAAUUUAGUAAUA